GCCGUAAAGAAAUGGAUGUAGCCAGCGACUGGGAUACAUUUCUGAAGGAGUUAGCUGAAUGCCACCAGCGUGCUGAACAAGCUCUCUGUCAGAAGCAUUGGGAAGAAAUCAAGCAAUCAGGGCUCAGCUGGGAUCAAGUAACGCCCAAAGACCAUUUACAUUCUCUAGAUGAAAUUCUACAUCAUUUAUCAGUGCUUGGUGCUGAUUUGCAAAUGACAGAUUUCCACAUUAGAUAUGAUGUCACUAAAAAACAAGAUAGACAGACGUGUCCAGAACGUGUGUUAAGGAUUCUGAACACUUUACACUACAGAGCUACCGGAGAAACUGUGGCCCAAGAGGUGGCCCAGAUUACUGAGGAGCAGCAAGUGGAGAGAGCUGUGGCUUUUCUCCAGAAACACCACAAAGAAGGGGACUUACUUAUUGGUUUAAAGGAAGAGUCAGAGACUGAACUGAGGAAUAUGCAGACACAGUUCAGAAUGGAGCUUCAAACCCAAACAGAAGAAAAGAUACAAGCCAAGGAAAUGCAAGUGAUUCAGGAGGCUGAAAGACAGGAGUUACCAAAUCAUAUUGAGCAUGUGGCAUAUUUUAUCCUAUCUCAGAGACACUUGCGGCAAACAGUAAUAGUGCUACAGGACAGUUACAGAUUCCAAAAGGCAGACUUGUGGACACAGACUGAAGAAAGAAACCUGUGCGAGUUUGUCAUAGAUGGGGAUGAUGGUAUGAUGGGCAUCUUACAUCUAUUGAAAGAUAACAUGGAGUACAGGCUUUCAGGACUGGAGCUGUAACAAGCUGCCAGAUUAUUACAACUCAGAGAGGAACAGUUUUUGGAAAUAACCAAAUGCCUGAAAGACUACUCUUUGGACAAGCCUGUGGAUGAAGCUGGCUUCACAGCCAAUGAUCUACAGGAAUUCAGAAAGCAGAAAAUAAGGGAACUGAAAGAACAUCUCAAAAUCUUCAUAGGCGAUAAAAGAACUAAGGAGAAUAUUUCAAGCAAUCCUGAUCCA